AUGCAGCAGGUUUCUCAGUCCGCCACAAACGCAUGCGUUGGUCUUGCGCAGCUAAUGGAGCAACUGCAAUGUUAUGUGUCGUUUCGCGAUACCAGCAUCACUGCGAUCUGCUACGUCACCAAGUCAGACCUCGACCUGAUUGGUCUCAAAUGGAUUGAAUACAGUAGUUUGGCCGGUAUGCCGCUCCGCGUUGUUUGCAGUCAGGUGCAGAUUCCCGCUGUGCUUGCAGACCAAACCAAGGACAUUCGUCAACGGUUUGCUCCAGUGUUCCAAGACGACCUGGGUCGUUGUGCAUACACUCAAGCUCGGUUGCAUCUGUCGCCUGGAAGUCAAGCAGUCUUCCUUCCAAAGCGACCCGCGCCAUAUGCAGCCUUACCACUUGUCGAGGCUGAACUGAAGCGUCUGGAGGAACUGGGAGUUCUUGAUUCUGUAUCCUACUCCGAUUGGGCCUCUCCAAUCGUUGUGGCUAAGAAGCCCAAUGAUUCGAUCCACAUUUGUGCUGGCUCCUCCACCGGUCUUAUUGCCGCGCUAACGCCGAACUGCUGUCCAUUGCCAGUUCCGGCUGAUCAGUUCACCCUGAUGAAUGGUGGCACUUGGUUUGCCAAGUUGGAUCUCGUUGCAGAUCGAGGUCGCCCCAGAAUCGCGCGAAUUGUUGACCAUGAACAUCCACCGCGGUCUGUUCCAAUAUACCAGGCUGCCCUUUGGUGUCAAGACCGCCCCGGCCCUAGUCUAACAAACGAUGAACACAAUGUUCUCCGGCAUCCCUGGUACAGCUGGGUACCUGGACAACAUCAUCAUCGUGGAUCGUUCCUCUGCUGAGAUGCAAGACCGAGUGUGCGCAGGGCUCGAACGCGUGCUGGAAUAUGGCUUCCUCCUGCGAAACGACAAGUGCCAAUUCUUCCUCGAAUCCAUCAAGUACUUUGCAUUCGUUUUUGACGUCACCGACCGCCAUCCAGAUCCCGAAAACACUCGGGCCAUCCAACGGAUGCCUGCACCCAAGAAUGUAUUGCAAUUUCGUUCGUUCCUUGGUCUGAUCAGCUAAUAUAGCGCCUUCCUACCAUCGCUGCAUGACGUACGGGCCAUGGAUGCUCUCUUGUGCUGGUUCUCCGACUGCGAAAAGGCCUUUGCCCAGCUAAAGUCGAUGCUGAGUUCAAAUCUGCUGCUCACACAUUACGACCUGACGCUGCCGAUCGUUGUUGCUGUAGAUGCUUCCAACAACGGAGUUCGUGCGGUCAUCUCACAUGCUUUUCCUGAUGGGUCUGCAAAGGCGAUCAUGCAUGCAUCUCGCACGCUAACUGUUUCAGAGAAGAACUACGAACAAAUGGAGGAAGAAGCACUGGCUCUCGUGUUUGCCAUCAAGACGCUCCACAAGCUGCUGUGCGAUCGUCACUUCACGCUGCUGACGGAUUAUAAGCCGUUUCUGUUAAUGCUAGUUUCGGAUACGGGCAUUCCUGUCAGUUCAGCCAGUCGACUUUGGCGAUGAGCAAAUAUUCUUCUUGGUUACGAUUUCGAAAUUUGCUACCGCUGCACUAUCAACUUUAGCCAGGCUGACGCCCAUUUUCGUCUCAUCUGCAGUCAUGAGGAGCCUGAGGAGGACACCGCGAUUGUCGUCAUUUCGAUUGAGGACGAUGUGCUCCGUCAACUUUCAGACUCUAUACCGGAUAUCCGACAUGCUACUGAACAGGAUCCUGUAUUCCGUCAGGCCAUCACCUACAUGCAGACCUGCUGGCCAACCACUGUUCUCACUAGCAACCUCCAACAGUUCUUCCUUCGCCGAGCAUUGCUAUCUGUGGUUGGUCCCUGCCUCAUGUUUGGGAACUGUGUGAUGAGCCCAUCUUCAUUUUGA